UCAAUGACCUCAACAAAAUCUCAAGAAAGCUUCAAUAUCAUCGGUAAUGAAGUUUGAUAGAGAUCCCCACAACAAUGGAUCUCUUACUCGGAACAGACCAGAAAAGGCUUAGCAGAUCAGAAUGGAGGUUCGCGGAGAGAGGCCUUUUAGUCAUAACAUAUAUAUUCCUCCUUAUACUACAAAACAAUUGUCAGACAGUUCUUAGUAAUGAAAUAAGUCAAAUAGAAAACUUAACCAAAAGAAUAGACAGUCUAGGUAAUAAAGUAGAAUCUAAACAAUGCCAUAGUUGUCAAAGUAGUAAUAAAUUUGAAAAUAAAAAUGUACAGUCAAAUGAAGAGUCAGAGAGUUUUAUUGGCAAUAUGAUAGAGACUGUUGGAGAGUUUACAGAAAAGUUACUGCUUGUGAAUAGAACUGAAAAGCAAUUAGAGAAUGAAUUAGAAAGGAUAGUAGAUGAUGCUUUGAGCAUGGAUAGGUUUGUAAUAGUAGAUGGCGUUGAAAUCAAAUCUGUGAAGAAAAGAGAAUCAAGAAAGUUGGAAGAUGAAGUUGAGUCGAGAGCACUCUUCAGUACAUACACGUAUGAGUAUAGAUUACUGCAAAAGAUAAAGAAUUUUGUAGAAACUCAUAUUAUUUCAAUAAAUCUACCAAAAGCUGCCAGAUUCAUCACAUUCCGAUCAUUUGGCCUAAAGAAGCUGUUCGUGCCGCUACUCUUCGGCGCGCAGCUGUUCAAGGGGAUGCUGCUGGCCAUGUUCCUACCCAGCAUCCUUGGAAGCUUCGGGAAGAUACUUGGAAAAGGAAUCUCCCAACUCUCAGCAUCCUCCAGCCAAGCGUCCAACCCUCCAGCGGUCGACGACCAAACAUCGUACAACAACGAUCAGAAGGACUUCAUGGCUUACGAGACGGAUCCGACCGGCGCGUAUGCAUACCCGCAGGACGGGAUGUAUGUCAACAUUGACCCGGCGGAUGUCAACGAUCUGUCAAAUGUUGAUAUGUCCAGAUUCGGCGCUGCUGGGCAUAAAGUGACGUAUUUGCCGACCAAAAAUGGCUACUAUAAGAACCAACUGACAUCUGCUACAAACAAUUACAAGGUGUUCCAGAAGAUACCAGCCUCUUCUAUGAUUCUGAGUAACUACGAUCCGUUCUACUCCCCUCUGCUAUCCAGGCUCGAUGGAAUCUUCGCCAGACUAGGUUUAGCCCCCUCAGAGAACACUAUGGACACGGGCGCGCAUGUCGGCGGGCAGAGCCUCAGCGACGUGAAGUUGGAAUCAUGUCGGGAACAACUGAUCUGCCUCAUGUACGCCAGCCCGGCCAAAUACGCCCCGUAUAGCAACCUCGUGUCCGCUCAGUUGAGCAGAGAACUUAACGAGCUCCGACGCCCAGUUUCUGACAACCCAGAAAUCCUCCGUUUCUUCCGCUACAUGCGCGCAGCGCGGCGCGGGCAAGAAGGCGUGGAUUGUGCGCGCGCGCAUUCCGGCUGUGCGGCCAGCGCGCCCCAGCACACGAUGAUCGCCGCCUACCACGACAUGAACAAGCUCGUUACGGCCAGGAAACUGAGGAAUUAA